AUUCAGCAUCUUCAUUUCAUUUGCUUUAAAAGUAAAAUUUCGCAGAAAAAAUCAAUUAAAAAUGAAUUUUCGGGGAGGCUGUUGUAUAGCGAGAUACGGAGGCAGUGGUGGUGGUGGUGAUAUGUCAAAGGUGGAUAGGAUUAUGCUCCGGUACCGUCCGAUUGCUCCGAGACCAGAUUCCGGCGGAUCCUCUUCGCUGCCGUUGGAUUCCGUAUCGCCCAAGUCGCGGAGAGGAAAGAGAAAAUAUUCGAAAGAGAACAGUAGCAGCAGCGGGGGAUCUGUUAACAGUAACGGCAACAGUAAACGGAGGAGAAACGAAGAGGCUAAGAACGGAUCUGAGACUGUGACGUUGCCUCUUCUUCCCGAGACUCCUGAGAGGAGGAAGGAACCGCCUAGGGUUUUGGUGCCUGCGGCGGCGUCUUCGUGGUUGAGUUUCGGAGAUGACGGACGUUAUCAAGCGGCGAAGAAGAGUUUAGAUCUGACGGAGGGAUUACUAACGGCGAGAACGGAAACGGUUGUGUCGUCGUUGUUAACGGUAGAGUGCGUAACGGAGGGGGAGUACGAGUUAGGGUGUACGGACGAGGAAAAGAAGAUGAAUCUGGAGAGGGACACGUGUCCUGGUUUUAUAUCGGACGGUUUAGGGAGAGUCGUUUGGACGAAUGGUUCGUACAGAGAUUUGGUGAUUGGGAAGGACAAGUGUUGUAGUAAGAUGAGUGUGUGGCUGGUGAUGAAGGAGAAGCCUUUGCUAACGAAACGGACGUUCACAUGUAGAAUGAGACUGCAGUACACGUGUCGCGAUAGUUUAGUGAGUUCGAUUACUUCGCCUUGUGAUGGUUGGAAGAUGAAUGACGGUGGCUUCGCGUGGCGGCUUGACGUUAACGCUGCACUUUUUCUUGGACGGUGAGUUUUGGCCGUUUGAUCUGCAGGAUCGAAUAUCUACCGUUAGAUUGACAUGAUGAGGAGAGAAGGCUUAGUUAACUAGAGGCUAGAGCCAUGCAGUUCGAGAUCUUUGAUAUUUUCACUUAGAACUUAGGAGGAAUGUACAUAUUUUGCAGUUUUAUUUUCUGUUUUGGAGCUUUUGUGUUUCUUAUUUUUUUUUUUUUGGUCGAAGUUUGUUUGGUAAUCGAUAUAGUUUCUUUUAGUACUUCGAUGAAUGGCAGGUAGCUUAUGUUAA